CGGACCACUUGCAAACAAGAAGACAAACGUCACGCCACGAAGAAGAAGCGCAACAUAUAAAUUUUUGACGUGUCUCCUGCGAAAAGACGAAAAAAAUAAUCAAUCGACGGAUUUUGCUGCGCGAAAAAGUCAACAAAGUGGUGUAAGAAUUGUGUCCUUGUUGUGUUACGGUAAUGUAAAAAGCUGGCCACGGUGGAGGAGGAACAGAACGCGAUGAGCUGGUUCGACACGACGGGCAUUGCCAAUCUGGCCAAGACCGCCCUGAAGGAGGCCCAGAAGCAAAUCGACAAGGCGCUGGACAUCAAGGAGGAGGACGAGGAUGCGGGGGAAGGGGGGGUUGAGGGGAAGAAGAACCUUGAAGGUCGAGGUGAGAGCAAAACGGAACCCUGCACUCCGGUGAGCGCCGAGGUGGUCAAGGGCGGUGGCAAUGUUAGCAAGGGCCAGAUGGACAGUAUUUGGGGAUCGUUCACGGGGUCGUUUUUCGAGCAACCGGUGACGGCGGCCAACGUGACCGUGACCAAAGCUCCGUCCAGUUUGAAGCGCAAAAGCUUCGAGGAUUGUGGGAUCGCGGAGGUUCCCGGGAAGCUUGGGUCUCCGGAGGCCAGUUCGGAAUCGAUUGAGCUGCUGAGUCCGGUUACGACUCCCGGAUCGGCGCUGACGUCGCCCAGUUCGGGGCCAACCAUUGGCCAGGAGUCGGAAUCGUCGGUCGAGGUGAUCAAGGUUCAGGGAACGCCUUCCAGUGUUUCGACGCCGGAUUCGAUUACGACGAUGGAUCGGAGCUCUUCGGCAGACGAGGGCGAGAUGAAGUUCACUUCGGUGGAAUUGGAAGCCGAUGACGAUAUCAGCGUGGAGGAAGAUUCCGAGGUGUCGUACACGCUUUCGGAGCAGCCCAUAACGGUGAUGGAGACGGGCGAGGGCGGAGUUCCGAUUACGGUGGCGCCGAGCAGGGGAAGUUUGCACUUGAGCCUGGAGAAGCCAUCGGUGUCCAGGCAGAUGACCUUCUCGGAAGUUUCCGUAUGCGAUACGGAAGAAUCGAACGAUUCCGAAACGACGCUGACCUCGAUCGAGAAGCUCAGCAAACAGUCCGAUGAACAUCUGGACAAAUCUUACGAGAAUGUAGAGAUUCAGACGCAGAUCUCCGAUUCGACUCAUAGCUUCGAGGAGAUCCCGGUCCCGACACAGGUUCCAAUGGCGACGGAACCUAAGCAGCAACAAGAAGGGACGUCAUCGCAAAAUUCUGGGGAUGAAAUCGAGACAGCCACCUCGUCGGACAUUGAGAUUAUUUCCAGCCCGAAUGGCGAUUCCAGCAGCACAAACAGUGGCGCAUAUCGAGCUAGCCCUUUGAAAAUCCCGGAUGGCAAGAGUAACAUCGAUAUCCUGAUGAUUAAGAAGCGAGGCCACACGCGGGAACCUUCGGAAGUUUCGGUCCAGAGUGGAAACAGUGACGACUUGAGCGAAACGGAAAAGUUGAUGCGAAGGAUAGCGGAGAUAUCGGAGAUCCUGGAGCAAAGGGAGUUCAGAUUGUUGGAACUUGGCCGACAGAAUGCGGAACUGCACGAGCACAAUUGCCAACUGAGUGCCCAGCUGGAAUCGAAGCAGAGGCGAGCAGACAGUUCGGAAACAGAUGAGUACACGCAAAGGCUCUCAGCACUGGAGAAGAAGUUUCAGCAAUCGAUCCGGGAACGAGAAGCACUUAAAAGGCAACUGGAAGUAGUUCGAUCGGAAGCGCAAGAGAAGAUGAACCGAUCCGACGUGGAGAAGGUUAUCAGCGAGAAGGACUUCAUGAUCGAGGAACUGAAGAAGGAAGGCGAGAAUCUGUCCAAACAGGUUCUGAAUCAUUCCAACAUAAUCAAGAAACUCCGACUGAAGGAGAAGGACAACGAAGCCCUAAUCAAGAAGCUCAAGGAGGAUAUCGGCGAUCUGACGGAUGAAACCGAGCGACUGAAGCGAUCCCUGUCCGCCAAGGAAGAGGUAGAACGCUCCCAAAUCGACGCCGUUCACAAGCUCUCCUCGGAGAAGCGAAGGCUGGAGAAGGACAACGGUGCUUUGAAGAGUCAGCUGGACGAUCAGACGCAGAAGUUCGACACGCUGAAGAAGAGCUUCGACUUUGCCAAAAAGGAACUCACCGAAAAGACCGAAGCCUAUCAGGAGCUUGUGAAGAAGUCGUCUCUCUUAGCGACGAUGGAAUCCGAACACAGCACCAUUCAGAGGGUCAACGAGCAGAUCAGCACCGAGUUGGAAGACCUUCGGGAGAAGCUUCGGCGAGCGGAAGCGGAACACGCCCAGCGGAUACAGCGGCUGAAGAACGAAAACUCCGAACUUCUACUUCGAGUGGAGGAAACCGAAACUCGAGCCGAAGAGGAGAAGAACGCCACCGCCAUGGUCACAGUUCCACUGAUGAAACAGAUCGAAUCCCUACAGAAUGCCCUCCGCAACAAGGAACGAGUCUGGGAGCAGCGCGAGACGGACAUCAUUCGCAAGCUGGACGACUCCAUAGAAAAGUCCAAAACUUUCGGCGACAACGAGCGAACUUUGAAAGAACAGAUAUUCACACUGAACGGUCGGAUCUCCAAUCUCGAGGAAAGGCUAACCGCCGCCCUGUUCAAAUCCGAAGAACUGACCAACAACCUCCAGCAGAAGCAAAUCGAAAUGGACUUGAUGGAGAGCGAUCACAAACUCAAGCUAAAGUCCCUCGAAGAGGACCGCAAAACACUCAGGUCCAAACUAUCCGAUCUGGAAUCGCACUCGGCGGAUCAGGAACGGAAAAUCACCCAACAGAAGGAACAACUCGAUGCCAUCAAGCAACACCAGCAGUCCCACGCGUCUCAUUCAAAGCACGACCAGUCCCACCGCCAUUCGCCUCCCUCCCCGACGCAAGCCCUCGGAAUCGCCCUCGGUGGAUCGCGAACUUCCUCUCCGACGCCCAGCAUGGGUAAUCUGUCGCUUCCGGAAUCGAUCGGCAGCAUUCCGUGGAAUCAGAUGGACGACGACGCCGGGUCGAACAGUGGUCGACAAACCAUCGGCGGGGCACCGCUUCUGCAUACCACGUCUCUGCUGGAGAACUUGCAGGCCACCCUGAAACAGCGGGACGGCGAGGUCUAUCAGCUGCAGUGGGAACUGUCGCGCUUCCAGCAGGAACGCAACGUGCUGAAUGCGGAGAUUUCGAACCUUACGGCGGAACUAGAUAAUAUCCGCGAAAAGUCCGAACGCACCGCCCAGCUGGAGGAGGACUUCCAGCAGCUGCAGGAGCGCUACGACGCCUUGCUUCAGCUGUACGGCGAGUCGGUGGAGAAGAUCGAGGAACUCAAACUGGACCUGGUGGACGUAAAGGAGAUGUACAAGCUCCAGAUAGACGACCUGCUGCGACAGGUGGCCGCCGGCAAGAAGUUAUAGUCGAUUCGCCGGGAUUGCUGUUUGAUGGAUGGAAGUCACCAUCAUCGCGUCCACCGGUUGGGCUGCGAGGGCGAUCUGAUGAGCGCGAGUGGCGGAAAGUGCUACUAAAUGUGAUAUGUGUGGAUGAGUCUGAGUGGCGACUGUUUCCCGGACGGUGCAAUAUGGGGUCGGGCCGUGGAAUCGAAGGAAGAUACUUUGUUAACACAGUGCUUUGAUUGGCCGGACGUUUCUUCGCGGCGUUAGGUUUGUAUUUUUUGGACAUCACGUUUCAAAUGCUGGUUUAAAGUUUAGCCAAUUUCUCACGAUCGGAAACUGUCGUAAUCCAGCUUUGUGUGUACUAAUGUCAGAUGCAUUGUUAUGAAGAGUUAGGUAAGUCGCAAUUUAGGAACAGGAAAUUAUAUCGUAGGUACUGAAAAGGAUUCUGUAACUAAAGUUUUAGUAUAGUCAUGUUUGGGAUAUUAAAACCUCUUUAAAAUAGCUGGCUAUAAUAUUAGCUUCGUACUUUUAUAAUAUUCUUCGUAUAAUAUAUUUAUCUCAAUGAAUAUUGAAAAUGAAA